AUGGCAGCCAGCAUCGAAAAGGAAAGAGCGCCCAGUAGUGGCACGGAGAAAGCGCCUUCCACGCAGCCCGAUGUCCCACCCGCGCCUCAGGAGAGCGAGGAAAAGAAGCAAGGAGACGACGCGUGGAGCGCGUAUUGGCGCAUCUUCCGCUAUGCGGGCGCCUUCGAAUACACCAUCCAGGGCAUCGGCGUGGUCGCGGCCAUUGCGUCUGGUGCCGGCAUCGCACUGCAGAACCUCAUCUGGGGCGAGUUCGUGACGGUCAUCACCGACUUCUCCUCGGCCAACUCGCUGCCGGACACCUUCCUGGACGAUGUUGCGAAGCUAGCGCUCUACUUCGUGUACCUGGGCAUCGCGCGCUUCGUGCUGUCGUACACGUACAACGGGCUCCUCACGUACGCGGGGUACCGCAUCGUGCGCAACAUCCGGCAUGCCUACCUGCGAUCGGCGCUGGGCCAGGAGGUGGCCUACUACGACCUGGGCACGGGCGGGUCGAUCGCGACGCAGGGCACGUCCAACGGCCGCCUGAUCCAGGGCGGCAUCUCGGAGAAGCUGGGGCUGACGGUGCAGGGGCUGGCCGCGUUCGUCACGGCGUUCGUGGUGGCCUUCGCGGCGCACUGGAAGCUCACGCUCAUCACGCUGUGCAUCGCGCCGGCCACCAUCGUGGUCAUGGGCAUCGUGGCCACGGUCGAGGCCGGCUACGAGACGCGCAUCCUCGAGGUGCUGGCGCAGGCCAACUCGUUUGCCGAGGGCGUGCUGGCCAGCGCGCGGACGGUGCACGCGUUUGAGAUGCGCGCGCGCCUCGUGGCCAAGUUCGACGGCUACCUGCAAGAGGCGCACCGCUGGGGCGACAAGAUCUCGCCGCUGUUCGGCGCGCUGUUCUCGGCCGAGUACACCAUCAUGUACCUGGGCUUCGGGCUCGCCUUCUGGCAGGGCGUGCACAUGCUGGCGCGCGGCGAGAUCGACAACCCGGGAACCAUCUUCACCGUGCUGCUGUCGGUCGUCGUCGGCACCCUCCAGAUCACCAUGCUGGCCCCCUACUCGGUCGAGUUCACCCGCGCCGCCACGGCUGCCGCCCAGCUGUUCAAGCUCAUCGACCGGCCCUCGGCCAUCGAUCCGUUCGACAAGACUGGCGCGCAGCCGUCGGAGACCACCGGGCUGGUCGAGCUAGAGAACGUCACCUUCGCCUACCCUACUCGUCCGGGGACGACGGUGCUGGACAACUUCUCGUUGACGGUGCCAGCGGGCAAGGUGACGGCCUUGGUAGGCCAGAGCGGGUCCGGCAAGAGCACCAUCGUCGGGCUGAUCGAGCGGUGGUACACCCCCUCGGCGGGCACGAUCAAGCUGGAUGGCCGGCCCAUCGACACGCUCAACCUGAACUGGCUGCGGAAGAAUGUGCGGCUGGUCCAGCAGGAGCCCGUGUUAUUCCAGGGGUCCGUGUUCGACAACAUCGCCUCGGGUCUCGUGGGCACCCCCUGGGAGACCGCGUCCCGUGAAGAGCAGAUGGCGCAGGUCCAGGAAGCAGCCAAGACAGCCUUCGCGCACGACUUCAUCAGCGAGCUGCCGGAAGGGUACGACACGGACAUCGGCCAGCGGGGCAGCCUGCUCUCGGGCGGGCAGAAGCAGCGCAUCGCCAUUGCGCGGAGCAUUGUCUCGCACCCGAAAGUGCUGCUGCUGGACGAGGCCACCAGCGCGCUGGACCCGCACGCCGAAGGGGUCGUGCAGCAGGCGCUGGACCGCGCAUCGAAGGGCCGCACGACUAUUACCAUCGCCCACAAGCUGGCCACCAUCCGCAAGGCGGACAACAUUGUGGUUAUGUCCAAAGGUCGCAUCGUCGAGCAGGGCACGCAUGAGGGGCUCAUUGCCCAGAACGGCACCUACGCGCGCCUCGUUCGGAUUCAGGACUUGGCUGUUGCGGCCAGAGCCGGUGGCGGUUCCGGGGGGUCGGAUUCUUCUUCCUCCUCCGAGCAGGAGGGGGGGGAUGACCAUGGUGACGGUGACGGUAACGGUGAUGCCACCCAUCCCGUCGAGCUAACCAAGACCAUGACGCGCUACCCGACCGAGGACAGGGUCCGCCUUGAGGCCCAGCGCGACCGCGACAACUACGACACCCACAAACCACUCGGCCUCCUGGCAGUCAUCGGCCGCUUGCUCCGGUGGACGCCGGAGCUGCGGUGGUGGUAUGCCGCCGUGGUGGGCUCGUGCGUGGGCGCGACCGCCGUGUUCCCGGGCCAGGCGAUCCUGCUGGCCCGCAUGAUGGACGUGUUCACGCUCAGGGGCGCCGCCAUGACCGAGCGCGGCGACUUCUUCGCCAAGAUGUUCAUCGUCAUGGCCGCCGGUUGUCUGGUGCUGUACUUUGUGCUCGGCUGGUCGGUCAAUGUCGUCGCCCAGACGCUGUCGCAUCGCCUGCGCCGCCAGACCUUCCAUGAUAUGCUGCGCCAGGACCUGCAGUUCUUUGAUCGCCCCGAUAAUAGUACCGGUGCGCUGGCCGGCCGCGUGGACUCGAAUCCGCAGGCGGUGUUUGAGCUGAUGGGGUUCAAUGUUGGGCUGAUUCUGAUUGCCGUGCUGAAUGUCGUCGCGUGCGGCAUACUCGCUAUUGCACACAGCUGGAAGCUGGGGCUGAUCCGGCUCGACAUGCGGCUCGAUCACAAUGUCAGCAAGAAGAACUCGACCAGCGCGUCCAUUGCCUCCGAGGCGGUGACUGCCAUCCGGACGGUCUCGUCGUUGGCCAUCGAGGAGCGCGUGCUGGAUCGCUACACGGCCGAGCUGGACCACGCUGUCAAGGGGGUGGUCAGGCCCUUGGCGGGCGUCAUGGUUUGUUUUGCGCUGACCCAGUCGAUCGAGUAUUGGUUCAUGGCACUGGGGUUCUGGUAUGGCUGUCGUCUGCUGGCCUUUGCCGAAGCUUCCAUGUACAGCUUCUUUGUGGCGUUCCUGGGUGUCUUCUUCGCGGGUCAGGCCACCGCCCAAAUGUUUGGGUUCUCGACCAGCAUUACGAAGGGCAAGAACGGCGCCAACUACAUCUUCUGGCUGUCCGAGCUGCAGCCGAUCGUGCGAGAGACGAGCGAGAACCGGGAUAAGGGCCCAAGGUCGGGAGGACCGAUCGCGCUAGACAAAGUCCGCUUCUCAUACCCCCUGCGGCCCGAUGCCGUCGUGCUUCGGGGCGUGGACCUAGAGAUCAAGAAGGGCCAGUUCGUCGCCGUCGUCGGCGCAUCCGGGUGCGGCAAGUCGACCGUGGUCGCCAUGCUCGAGCGCUUCUACGACCCGUCCACGGGCAACAUCCGCAUCGCCGACGACGUGCUCAGUAGCCUGAACCCGCGGCUCUACCGCCGCAUCGUCGCGCUCGUGCAGCAGGAACCCACGCUCUUCCAGGGCUCCAUCCGCGAGAACAUCGCCCUUGGCAUCGACGAUCCCAACAACAACAACAACAACAACAACAACAACAACAACAACAACCCUUCCGAAGAUAAUGACACCACCACCGACCCAACAAGCUAUAAUAACAACACUCCGUCCGCGACCGUCAGCGACUCCCAAAUCGAAUCCGCCCUCCGCGCCGCCAACGCCUGGGACUUUGUCUCCUCCUUACCCGAAGGCCUACACACGCCCGCCGGCCCCAACGGAACCCAAUUGUCAGGCGGGCAGCGGCAGCGCAUCGCCAUCGCCCGCGCCCUCAUCCGCGCCCCGCAGAUCCUGCUGCUCGACGAGGCCACCAGCGCGCUGGACACGGAGAGCGAGAAGAUCGUGCAGGCUGCGCUGGCCGACGCGGCGAAAGCCGGGAACGACCGUAUCACGGUUGCGGUGGCGCACCGUCUGUCGACGGUCAAGGAUGCCGAUCUCAUUUGUGUGUUUCAUGGCGGGAGGAUUGUGGAGAGGGGGACGCAUGAGGAGUUGGUUGCCUUGGGGGGGAUGUAUAGGAAGAUGUGUGAGGCGCAGAAUUUGGAUUGA